UCAGUCGCGCCCCAGCCGUGGCCGCGCCCGAACCGACCGGCUUCUUCGUAUGAGGCGCCCGCGCUAGCGUCGGCAUGGCCCACGCCGGCGCCUAGCGGGCAGGGAACGGCCAACUAUCGAUUUAUAAAUUAGUACUGAAAUUACGGUCUAAAUGUCAAUGUCACUAAUGUAUACCUAGAUGUUCAUGGUAGGGGAAGCUGAGAUGUGCAGCCUGGCGGCGCUCGCGCGCGGCUGCCGGCCCGCCGCCAAGCCGUGCUGCCUCUGCUGGUGCUGCUGCUGUUCCUGUUCCUGCCUGGCUGCGCGCGGAUCGGAGGGAGGUCCCGGUAAAAAACCCCGUGAGCCUGGCCCGCAGGACCCACUGCUCAACGACGGAGAUGCGCCGCCGUCGCUGGAGGAGAUCCAGAGCUGGGGGCAGUCGUUUGACAGACUCAUGCGCAGCGCAGCCGGGCGCAAGGUGUUCCGCGACUUUCUGCGCGGCGAGUACUCGGAGGAGAACAUCAUGUUCUGGCUCGCGUGCGAGGAGCUGAAGCGAGAGACGGACCCUGAUGCUGUAGAGGAGAAGGCUCGCUUCAUAUACGAGGACUACAUCUCCAUACUUUCACCGAAAGAGGUAUCCCUGGACUCUCGAGUGCGCGAGGUGGUGAACCGCAACAUGGUGGAGCCCACCCCGCACACGUUCGACGAAGCGCAGCUGCAGAUCUACACGCUGAUGCACCGAGAUUCCUACCCGCGCUUCGUCAACUCACCAUUGUAUAAGACGCUUGCACAUUUGACUAGCUCGCCGGCCGCAUCGCCGCAGUGAAGCUAUAACAUCUGUGUACUGAGUGGACUUUCGAGUGGAGCGCGCGGCGUUCAUGUUAAACUGCAAACGCAUACGUUUGGCAAACGUAUGCGAGCGGCAUAGUGCACGUGCUUACACUUUUCCGCUUGAAAAUAAGUUGCCCGCCCCGUCGAUCGUUCCAUUGGAUGCACGCCACUCAGGCUGUAUAUUAAAGCGUUAAUUACACGAGACUUAUUCGAGUGAUUCGACAGCAUUAAUUUCGUGGAGACAUUUUGGACGAAAAAUGGCAGUAGAUUUUGAUGGCGUUCUCCGGCAUUAGUGUGUUUUUGUAGCAGGAAAAGUCAUCGGAACUAAUGCUAACUCUUUUGAAAAUGUCUCUACGAAAAUGAUUUAGAACGAAUCUCGAAUAACUCAUUCAUGGAGGAUUCCAUGGUUGUGCAUAUAUUACACCUUUAAUGGAUUAUUUCGUGAGCGAGUUUAUUUAUAGAUUUACCAAUUAACCCACACGGUCUGUGACCUACUUCCAUGAUCCCUAGUAGAUGUAGCUCGGUUACAUAAAACAAAUCACAGAGCAUAACCUUCAACCUCACUGUAUAGUAUUCAAUCGCACAAGAUGUCACGAUCUGUCUCAGUUAAAUGGUAAUUCUAUAGAUGCGUAUUUUAUCGCUGGAAUCAAAUAUAAGGACUUACGUUUGAAGGAAAAGCGAGGCUGGCUCAACUGGUUAUAAUAUCUCUUAAUUUGCCAGAGAAAUAACCUUGCGUUUCGAGAAUGGGACACAGGUGAUGCUCCAUAUUUUUCUGCGCGGGAGAGAUGUUAAAAUCAGCUGCGCGUAGCGUAGUUCUAAAUGGGUCAGUAGGUACAGAUUUAGGUAUUUUUCCUGUUUUAGAUGAGAACUUGGGGGUGUAAGGCAUCUAUAAUUUUGGCACAUGCCGCUGCUAAAUUAAUGAAUCCCAAAGAAAUACGAGUACUAAGACUCCUUUCUUUUUUGAAACAAUAGGGGUCAUAAAAUCAAUAUUGGGUUUGAAUCUAUUUUUGACCUAGUUGCGCCAGCCUUUCUUGUCAGUUAAAGCAUUUGAUUUUGAGUCCAUCGUUAGGUUAUCCGUCCCUAAACCAAUAUAGUCUUGAAAUUUCUUUGUGACCUGUAGCUAUGACCAGUCAUUGAUAAUGAAGGGAUGAAUGAUUGAUAUUGGCAGCUUUAAGGAUAACUCACGCUACACCGGGCCGGGGCCAGGCCGGAGCGUCCGACACGUAAUGACGUGUCGAAAAUGUUCUAUGACGGCUGAUCGGUGAUCACGUUGUGCUUUCCAUAGAAAACGAAGCGCCGUGAUCUCCAGCCCGGCCCCGGCCUGGUCUAGCGUGAGUCAUCCUUUAUGGUGAAAGUUUCUAGCUGAUAAUAUUGAUGACUUUUUUCAAUCUUCUGAUCUAAGAUUCCAUAAUGGAUUGACCUGUUUAGUGUGACCAAAUAAAGACAACUUAUGGUUUAAAUAUGUAUGUAUAUGGGAUGAGGAACGGAAGUUCGCGAAGCGCAGUUAUUAUGGUCUUCAAUAUUACUAUGGACAAACAAGGGCCUAUGUUAAUUUAUAAAGUGGCUCUCAUAUGAUAAAUACAAAACUUAUCUAUACGUUGAUGAAUCUUUAUCAUGCUAAUUUGUAAUCUUGCUAGUUCGUAUAUGGGUGGCCACUACGAGACACUAGUCAAUAUGAUACGUCUUCUUUAACACUGUUAUCUUGCUAUUGUCGUGUUUUAAACCAGGGAUACACUAGAGGAAAAAUGUCCCCUGACACGUGUCGGCGACAUGUCAGGCGAAGACAUACCUGGUGACAUCGCACGACUUAUGACACACUGGCGACACGUGUGUUGCCAGACACGACGAGGAAAGUUCGGCAACGUCGCGCCAAUACAUGUGAUGUCACUUGCGACACGUAUCGCGGGACAUUUGUCGCCUGGUGCAUCCCUGAAUUUAAGUUACAUGAAUGAGACGCAUAUUUUUCUUCAGAGCACACAUCCAAGCGUAUCAUUUUUGACUGGGUUUCCGCUCCGAACUCGGGUUCGACAUCUAAUAUAUUUAAAGUUGUAACAACCCAUUACAUGACUUAGGCCAGUGAGAUGCCACAAGCUCGUGGCACCCAGACUGAUUCAACGAACAAUUUACGAUAAGAUAAUCUGAUGUACAAUUGGACAUACAACUGAGCAUAAUGUAGCGGGUUUACUAUCCACUAGUUGCUAGUUAUGACAGCGUUUUAAUCGGCUUUUGUCAUAAAUUUUUGCAAUUAGUAAAUUAUCGAGUCCUAUUUCAUAACCCCAUUCUAAACGGCAAUAAUAAGAUAUAGUAAAAAGGAUAUUCUUAGCACAGGACAGCGUUAAUGAGUAUUGUAUUUAAACCCGUUGCAUUAAUAGUAGACGCCUAUGAAACGAGUGUAGGGGCCGUUCUAGUAUAGUCUUCGAGAUGGCUGGUUUGCAGUCAUUGAGCUUACCAUGGGACCUGAUUAUUUUUAUAUAAAACCUUAGUUUAUUUUGAGGACAUAAUUACUGAAUCGACCAAUGAUUUUUAAAUAGAAUUUUGAUUUCUAUAUAGUAUCUUUCCAUAUCUUGUAACUUUUAACUGAAACCCAGUCGUAGAAAAGUAAUUCGUUUCAGAUAAAGGUUACUAUUAUUCAAGUACUUACAGCUAAACUAUAGCAAAUAGUCAUCCAAUAGGGAGAUUAAUAGUCAAACUGAACUGCAUAUCCAGCGUGUAGCCCCGACCACAAUCACUUAGAGAUUAUUUUCUGAAUAAAAAGAGAAAUAGAGGCCUCUGUUUCUCUAUUAAACAAACUAAACUAAUUCUAGUCAAUAUUCCCUCAACUUGGGAAAGCUAAAAGUACAUGUGCCCUUACACCUUUCGUCUACUUGUCUCAGUUCGCCAGUUGGGCAUCUUGCACUUGACUGCGUGUCGAAGUGUCACCCGAGCAGCCAAUCAGAGUGCAUGUAGCGCCUGGCUAUGUAUGUAGAGCUGCUCGGUCUUUAAGAGUAAUUUUUCGGCUGUCUUGGAUCGUCCGGGACGUUGGGGUGGGUCUGGCCCACUGGGUCUUGUAAUUACCACUGCGCCCGACCCACCACACUGUGCUCUGCUCAGUUUCGUGCCGUGGCUGUGUUAGACUCAGAUAUUCGGACGCAGAUAAUAGAAAAAGCAAAAUGAAGGCUCAAUGUCUGUUUUUUCUAUCUCUGCGACAUGAGAUUCAGAUUCGAUUAUUUUUUCAGCACAAACGAAUAGUGCACAAGUUUUAGUGAACCCUUUUUAAAUGUUGUAAUCUUGUACUUUUAUAUGUAUUUUUUUUUAAGACUUAUCCGAGAUCCGGCCAAUCCUAUUUAGGCCUCGGUAGAAUAGCACAUAGUAAUAGGCCUAACAUAAUGUAAUUAUAAUGCACUAUUUUCAAGACUGUAAGGUUUAUCAUUAUGGGUACGAACGGAUAAACUUUUAAACAGGGAGAUGUCUCUUGUAAGCUCGCCGGUACUUGCAAUAUGCGAGAAAAUGUCUAAUCUAGUCAUUAUAAGAAAAGUUAUAUGACCUAGUUUAUAAUUGAAAUCACCAAAGAAUAAGAAAGUAACAAGAAAGUGUAAACUGCUAAAAUAUGAUUAUUACCUACUUAAAACUGACUAUGCUCUUGUGGGGUAAAUAAAAAAGUACAAAUAAAAUGAUGUAAGGACACAAACUUGUAAAAUAAGGGCGCUAAGCACAAAUAAAUUCGCACAGUGACCCGCCAUUAUUUCUAUCGUACGGCAGCCAAUGAUACUGUGCGAGCGGGUGGUAGUUGUGUACUGGAAGCAAAUUUGUUUAUUUCUAAGCAUUUUAGUUUAAGUGUUAUUUGUAAAGUACUUGAAACAUUUUAGGUAAAGUAAUGGCGAGAAACAGGUGACAUCGGGUCUAACACAGCAAAGUACAAUGUCUCGUCUAAGCCCUUGUACAUUAUACUAUAUUGUUUAACAACGCUCAGAUAUCGUCAUAGAGUAAAAUCCGUAGACGCAAAAUUAUAAGGAUUGAGAUUUUAGAUCAUUUCUCAUUUUUAUCAUUUUUUGAUUUAAAAAAAUACUUAAGUACCUUUAUCACAUAUAAACGCAACUUUAUGUAUUUCGCGAAUAGCAUAACCAAAAAAUCUGAGCAUUGUUACUUAAUAUUUCAAAUCAGUAAAUCACAGAUACUGAUUACACACAAAAAUAUGUGCAUUAAAAGGGCAUCUAGUCAUGACACAGUAUCCUGUGUUUUAAGACGAAGACUAAAUUGAGCCAGCAUAGCGCACACAGCUAACUAUAUGUUUCAGUCUUGAUAUAUAGUCGUGCCCAGGUCGGGAUCAAACCGCCAAUGGGUUGCAAUAACGACCCUACCUGUAAAUAGUCUCAGUAUAAUAUUAAAUUAAUUUAAACGGGUACUAAUUUUGUAUAUAGUUAGGUUAAGGUAAGUAGGUGCGCCGUGGCAACUUCACUGGUCCACCGCUCUCCAAACUUGUCACUACGACGAUAGUCACUACACAAAACAGUCACUACAACGCACGUCAUGACUUAUGGCACUACACACACUAUAGUCACAAUCACCGCUCUUGAAGGCGGCCGGUACACAUGACAUAUUUAAGUCAUCAAGUCAUGAAUAUCGCUUGUCAUUAUACAUUCUGAUUAUUGCCAUUUGACUUCCAAUCAUUAAUGUUUACUGCACAAAAAGGAACCUUAGAGUACAAAAGGAAAACUGAAUAGGUACCAUAAGACUUUCUUUAGCAGUCCUAAGCCUUUUGGAUUGGUUAGAUCAUUUUCCCAAAAUCAUUAUUUCCUUGUAGCGUAAUUUCCAGUCGCAUUUUUUCCUAUUCUUAAUUUACACCAGACGUAUUUAUUCCUAACAUGAUUUUUCCAUUCGCAUAUUUUCCCAUUAGACAAUUUAACUAUUCUUAAUUUACACAGACGUAUUUAUUCCUUGCAAAAUUGUCGGUGUUGGGAGUGUUGGGAUUGGGACGGUGAAAAUUUAACGGUAGGUUAGGUUCGUUAGGUAUCUUCAAACGGCACAGAAUAGGAGUCCCGCGCAAGCGGGGCUCCGUCGAUAUUGCUAACUGUACGCAAUUUGGGUGAUUGUGGAUAAAUUGUCUAAUGGGAAAAUCUACGCAUGGAAAAAUCAUGCAAAGGAAUAAAUACGUCUGGUGUAAAUUAAGAAUAGGAAAAAAUGCGACUGGAAAUUACGCUACAAGGAAAUAAUGAUUUUGGGAAAAUGACCUAACCAGUCGCCUUUUGGCCUUAACCGUCAGAGCAAUAAUAGUUAUAACAUAUCUAGAAAAAGUCAUUGCCAUUAACGUAAUUAAACUCAUUAAAUAUAACUUAUGUUAUCACAAAAUGACCAUUUUUAUAUACUUAGCAAAAAAAGUAGUAGGUAAACUGUCUGUCGGGGUCGGAAUUAUUUUUAUUAUCUUAUUUCUGAUCGCUUUGUCACACUUUGAAUAAAGCCAUUGUAAAAGUAUGCUUUUCUACGCCAUAUCUUUUCUUACCAAAAACUCUGCCUGAUCGAAAUUAAUUUGGGCAUAAUAACCAGACAACGUAAUAAUUUCGAGCUACCUAUAAGUACCUAUAUCAUCGGCAGAACUUCGGCAGGAAUUUUUUCUGUACUCUUAAAGCCUGUUGCCUUUGUGCAAUUUUCCCUUUGGGAUAUGACUACUGCCUAGCGUUAAUAGCGAGUUUGUGGCAUAAGCUAUCCUCCAUAUAGACAAUACAAUAUAAUGUAUAGCCAAUCAAGUUUCCACAAUUUCAUUUCACAAACAUCACAAUCACAAACUAUUCUUAAACACUGCCCAAUGACGACUUGAUGUCACGAAUACCACGACGUCAAGUCGUCACCUACAUGAUUCGUCACAACUCGUCAAGUUACAACAUGUCACAAGUGAUCCCCCCGGCGCACCGCGCAUCACCUCUCUAGUUAGAAGCAAUAAAGGUGGACCAAUCAAGUUUGCCUGAUGGAAGGUCAACGAAUAAAUCUGUUCAUGUA